UCGGAGUCAAAAGUCGGUCUUAUUAUUGUCUUCCCGUACCAAAUAAUCUGUAUGAAGUUUGACCCUGCAUGUGUUGUACCUAAGAUACACGUGCAAUGUCGGAGGUGAAAGUUUCAAAACGAGGAAGGAAGCGAUAUUUGACAGAUUCAGAGAGAAAACAACGACGUGCUGCAGUGAAUGCCAAACAAAAUAAGAAUAGGAUCUACAUAGGUACCCAGUAUGAUCGCUGGAUUGAGCUUAAGAGUAUUCUACGCGUGCAAACACAUACUGAAGUAGCGAAUGUUUUGCUUGAUUCGUAUGAAAAACAUAACUCAAAGAUAAACCAAAGAACUCCUGUGCCAAAUGAAAUCAACAACAGACCAACCAGCCCUCCUCACCAGAAGAAAAACAAAGAAGACACCCCAGCUAUCAAUGCUGGAGUGGUGAAUACCAGAGAUGUAUGUUCCUUUGAAGACCAACCUGAUAUUGUAGAACCAGUAGAAGAUAGUGAAGCCAGGAAGAAUCAAGAGACUAUAAUGAAAUUGAUUUUAACCUCAGAGAGUUCCAUUUUUCUAGAGUGGCCAGACAAUGAGAUCUAUAUUCAGAAUGAUUCACUGGCACCAAGUGAUGAUGAAUUCCCAGAAUACAUUAUACAAUAUGAAUAUGACAAGGAGGCCAUUGCAAUGGAAGACCAAGAAAGUUUGCACAGUGAAGAAGUCAAAAUGGAAAUGAUUGAUACUGAUGGCAUCCAUGAUAAUGAGUUUUAUGUUGUGUAUUUGGAUCAUGUCUACUGUCGACUAACAUAUGUUGAUUUUGGUGAACUUGUAUAUGUAAGAACAUUAGAAAAGUAUGAACAUGAAAGAACGAGAGAAAGGUUUAACAUCCUUAAAGGAGAGUGUAAAAUAAAUCUAACUGGACACGCCAAUUUUGAAUUAGUAAAAAAGUCAAAAUAUGUAAGAUAUAUUGAACUGUAUGAUACAGAAAAUCCAACAAUACAGACAUGCAUAACCAUUUAUGAAAAUUCUGGUGUUGAAAUAAUUGUUCACGGACAAAAGUUAUCAGACAGUCAUGCAAUAUGGAAAACACUUGUACUACCAUCUGAGUUUGUUGAAAUUGAACAGGUGCAGGAGCUGCUGCAAACAGUCUCUUACUAUACCGUCUGCAUUGGAAACCCAGAUCCGCAAUUCUUAAACAAUUUACCGCUAGGUGACUAUGGUAAUAGACCGUCCUCAACAAGUCCAGGCUAUUUGGAAGAAAAUUUCGGCGCUUACUACAGAUAUUUUCACUAUAACAGAACCUUUAGGUCAAGCAAUUGCUCUUUUUUGUCACUUGUAGUAAGGUGUAAGAGUUGCAAUAUUUACCGAAAAACACUCAUUAACAAGAAAAAUCAGCUUGACUGGUUACAUGGCAGAAGUAGUCAUUGAUGGACUAUGAAAAGAUUAUCAAAAUUAAUCAACUUACAGGUCUAACAAUAGAUUUGAAAACAUGAUUAAAACCUUAGAGAAGAGCAAGCUGUGAAGUGAAUGAUUUUAUAAACCAGUAUAAUGGCAGUAUUU